UUCACCCCACUUGACGCUAUAUCAAUGAAAAUAAAAUCAUAUGAUUUUGAGAGAAUUGAGUUUACUUUAAAUUAAUCAUAAAAAGCCACAAUGGAAUCCAAAAAAGACAUUUGUGAAUUAAUGGAUAAAUUAACAAUUGAAAUCCUGGAUUUGAUGGAGGACGAAGUAAAAUUGAAGAUUGACAUUGAAAAGAAUUCCAAUAGCGGAAAUCUCCUUAUUGCCAAGGCGAGGUACAUCCAAGGGCAACAGACGGUAUCAGCUUCACAGCUCCCCACGGAGAAUACUCCGGAAUUUAAGGCCCUAAUGACGGUUGGAAGUGAUGGCCAGGAAUCGACUGGAGAUGCUGUUAAUGUUGCAUUGGAACAGCAUAGAGUUUCCAAGGAAGAUGGUUACAUUGACCCAAUAAAAUGGUUUGGGAUUCUCGUACCGCAGAGCCUCCAAUUGGCCAGGACGCGUUUUGUGAAAACCAUCGAAUUGGUUGUCUCCUGCACAAACACCCAGCUUCAGCUCAAUCACGCCCUCCGGCAACUAACCGGGCUACGACAAAUGAAAGAAGUUCAUUCAUAA